AUGCCUCACUUUGCAAACCCUCUUUUAAGAAACAUCAUUGGCAGAAAUCUAUUUGACAGCAUCAAGAGGAAGCAAUGCCUCCAAUAUUUGAAAACCCUGAGAACACUGCAAUAUGAUGGAUUUAAGACCGUGUAUUUUGGGGAAACCGACAUCCCUGAAAGUCUUGUAACUGGGGAAGAUUUCAGCGAUGGAUAUUUCAUGCAGACUCCAACGUGGUGUAUUGUGCAUGCUGGUGGUCGUCAAGGAUGGGUGCCUUGGAAAUAUCGAAUGUUCCUAAGAGAUGAGUUAUGCAUCAAACAAGAAGACAGCCUCUUUUUCGAGUUCUGUGAUGCAGCGAAGAAGGCCUAUGGGAAGUGUGCCAUUGUGGUCAAAGAAAGAAGGCUGCAGGAUGAGAUGAGGCCAAAGGAAGACAAAGAGUCCGAGGCCCAGGCCCAUGUCCUAUCAGUCACUAACUUAACAAGCAUCGUAUGUUGCCCUGAGGUGGCCAAGUCCUGUGGUCACGAACUACUCUCUCUGCCUUCCUCUUACAAUUACCUGAACCCUUUAGACUCAGCCUGGUCUUCUCUGAAAUGGUUUAUCAUCAAUAACAGAAAGGAGUUUUGUUUGCAGUCCAUUGACAAUGCCUAUUCUUACCAGUAUAUACUUUUCAGCGAUUUAAUUAGCAAAGGGAUUGACAGGAUAAGCCCAAGCAAAUGGAAAACACUAACUAACAAAGUCCGGAGGUGGGAAAACUACUAUCUUGGUAAAUUUUCUUAA